AUGCAUUGGUUAGCAUGGAGGAAAUUGUGUCGUCACAAGGCUGACGGGGGUCUGGGUUUUCGAGUCAUCGAGGAUUUCAAUACGGCUCUAUUAGCAAAACAAUUAUGGCGGUUAAUGGAGAACCAGGAAUCUCUAUUCGCUAAAGUGUUCAAGGGGCGAUAUUACCGGAAUUCAUCCCCCAUGGACCCUAUACGAUCUUACUCUCCGUCGUAUGGAUGGCAGAGUAUCAUCUCUGCUCGACCUCUGGUUCACAAGGGGCUUAUUAAACGAGUCGGUUCAGGUUCAUCUAUCUCUGUCUGGUAUGAUCCUUGGAUUUCAGAUUCACGCCCGAGGUCAGCUAUUUGCAAAGGAUUUAAUUACUACCCACAGUUAAUGGUGAGUCAGUUAAUUAAUUCCCAGUCAUCAACGUGGAAUCUUCCACUAUUACAUCAAUUGUUUGAGAGCGCAGAAAUUGCUCGAAUCACUGGUAUUACAAUUGCUUCGGGAUCCAAGCCCGAUCCUUGUGGGUGGAUAUUUACCAAAAUGGGUCGGUAUACGGUUAAAUCAGGAUAUGCUUUAUUACAGGACUUAAAAGAAGAGGAAACUCCCCCGGUUUUCGGACCAGAUACACGGAAAUUGCAGGCACAAUCAUGGAGAGUAAAAUGUACCACAAAACUUCAACAUUUUCUCUGGCAAAUCAUUACUGGUUGUUUAUCUGUGGGUGCCCGUCUAUGUAGUCGAGGUAUGAGAAUAGACCCACAAUGUGUGCGAUGUGGGAUGGCGGAUGAGACAAUAAAUCAUAUGCUUUUUGAAUGCCCACCAGCCAGACAGGCCUGGGCAUUGUCUCCUAUUCCUACGCCCCCAUCGGUUUUUCCUACGGCAUCUCUGUUCUCAAAUAUGGCACAUUUAUUCUCGAAUCUUCCAGAUAAUGAGAAUAUGUUGAUUUAUCCAUGGUUAUUAUGGUUUGUUUGGAAAGCGCGGAACUAUAAGGUAUUCUCGAAUGAAGAUCAGGAUCCUAGGGAUGUCAUCGAAUCGGCAAUAACUGAAGCUCGUGCAUGGGCAACUGCCCAGACGGCUGAAGUGAGGGAACCAGGGAGCACGGUCUCCCCCUCGGAAUCCAUUUUAGUGGGGGAAUGGUGUCAAGUAGAUGGGGCGUGGAAGGAAACUGAAUGUCGGGCGGGACUAGGCUGGUGUAAUUUUGACCCAGAUUUGGGGUCAGUUUUGUUUGGUGCUUGUAAUCAUAGACGGGGGUUAUCACCUUUACAGACAGAGCUGGAAGCUCUAACAUGGGAUAUGCAGUGUAUGCUAGUCCAUAAUAAACGGCGGAUGAAUUUUCAAACGAUUGUGCAGAUCUGA